UCUGCCAAAUAAAACCGACAGGCGAAGCGCAAGUCGAGAGAACGGGUAUCCGUCUGGUUGGGUGCAAGUGGGUAUCAGCGAAUCCGCACUGCAAUCCUGGAAGGGCAGCCACAGGGUAUUGCGGUAUUAUUUAUUUGAAGAAGGCUCUUCCUGAAAACACUGCCAUGGCUCCCACACUUGCCACAGCCCAUGCACGACGAUGGUGGAUGGCAGUCACAGCUGUCAUAGAGAAUCUGCUUUUUUCUGCAGUGUUACUAGGAUGGGGCUCCUUGCUGAUUAUGUUGAAGUCGGAGGGAUUCUACUCCUACCUCUGUCAUGAACCAGAUAAUAAUACAAGUACAAACAGCACUGAACAAGUGGUCCGCGUAAAUGGCUGGCUUAUUUGCAAGGACCAAGAUGAGAUGCUGAACCUGGCCUUCACAGUUGGUUCUUUCCUACUCAGUGCCAUCACUCUUCCUUUAGGAAUUGUUAUGGACAAGUAUGGGCCCAGAAAAUUACGCCUCCUGGGAAGUGCCUGCUUUGCUGUGUCCUGUAUGCUGAUUGCUUAUGGAGCCAGCAACCCAAACUCUCUCUCAGUUCUUAUUUUUAUUGCUCUUUCUUUAAAUGGAUUUGGUGGAAUGUGCAUGACAUUUACUUCACUUACGCUUCCAAACAUGUUUGGUGAUCUGCGCUCUACCUUCAUUGCCCUGAUGAUUGGCUCUUAUGCGUCAUCUGCUGUCACAUUUCCAGGGAUUAAGGUCAUCUAUGACUUGGGUGUCACCUUUAUCACUAUUCUACUGGUAUGGGCAGGCUGUGCUGGACUUGUCUUCCUCAAUUGCUUCCUUAAUUGGCCACUGGAGCCUUUCCCUGGGCCAGAAGAUAUGGACUACACGGUCAAAAUUAAAUUCAGUUGGUUGGGUUUUGACCACAAAAUCACCGGGAAACAGUUCUACAAGCAAGUGACCACGGUAGGCCGAAGACUGAGUGUUGGCAAUUCAAUGAAGCAGCAACCCAAGGAGCUGGCUGUGCAAGAUGGCAACAAGUUAUGCUUGUCCACAGUGGAUCUUGAAGUCAAGUGUGAACCACAAGCUGAAGCGACACCCUCUUUCAUGCGCAGCAUCUUCAGCCCCAUAUUCCUUCUCAGUCUAAUCACCAUGUGCGUCACACAGCUCCGCCUCAUCUUCUACAUGGGUGCCAUGAACAACAUUCUGGAGUCUCUUGUUGAUGGAAACCUUGAAACAGAGGAAAAGAUGAAAAUUGUAAGUCUCUAUACAUCCAUCUUCGGUGUUCUGCAGCUGCUGUGCCUUAUCACAGCCCCUGUAAUUGGCUACAUUAUGGACUGGAAGCUCAAGGAGUGUGAUGAUGGUAAUACUGCACCCCAGGAGCAGGAGGACAGAAGUGAUUCCACCCAACCAAAACGCAGGGAUAGGCAAAUCCAGAAAAUUACAAAUGCUACUCGGGCUUUCAUUUUCACCAAUCUCCUGUUGGUUUUUUUUGGUAUUACCUGUGUCAUCUCUAGUCUCCCCCUUCAAAUUCUGUCAUUUAUUUUGCACACAAUUGUUAGAGGAUUUAUCCAUUCCGCUGUUGGAGGUCUUUAUGCAGCUGUUUAUCCUUCAACACAGUUUGGCAGUCUGACUGGAAUGCAAUCUUUGAUCAGUGCCCUCUUCGCUUUGCUUCAACAGCCUCUGUUCAUGGCCAUGAUGGGUCCUCUAAAUGGAGAUCCCCUUUGGGUGAACAUCGGCCUUUUAGGAGUCAGCAUGUUUGGGUUCUGCUUGCCAUUUUACCUCAUCUGGUUCAGUCGGGAUCUCCGCAGAAAGAAGAAGCAAAAGGAAGAGGAAGCAAAACUGUUUGUGAAAAUCAAUGGUAGCAAUAAACUUGAAGCCUUUGUUUAGAAGGCCUUCCUGAACCUUGACAGCUCCCACAGAAAUACAUUUAAGACUUUGGGACCUUCAGCGAUCUUCCUACUACUUUGUCUGUUGGGCAUUGAGACCCAUGUGCACACUUAAGCACAUAUCACCUUCUGAGCCACAGUAACACAGUUUUCAAAAGGUGGGAAGACAGGAAGUUGUUCAAAGAGAGACUGUUUAUCUGGAACUGUCCAUAGAGUUUAUGGAUCAACCACCUAUUUUAAAUUUGGGCUGACCUAUUUACUAGAAGCAAUCUGUUUUUAUUAUGGGACAUUGUUUUAAAAUAAUUACCAAAAGGGCUGCCAGGCCUUUACAAGUUCAGGAUCAUGAAAAAAACGUCAUUGGAAUGUUUUCAGAUGAAGUCAUACAUUGCAGCAGGUUUUGGAUUAAUCAAAGUCAGGGAAAUAGAAAAUGGGGCAUAAUAUUUGUAUUAUACUUAAUAAUAGUGUGGAAGGUCCCCAGAAGCUCAGCAAAUGUCAAGGAUUACUACACAAAAAGGGGAAACUCCAGCUGGCUGGGGUUGAAAUUCUCCCAUGGAACUGUACUGAAUAUGUCUGCGCCUCAGGAAGUUGACUGUGUCGCUGUGCAAUGGCAGUCCUUGUAUCUCUAAAGACAUUUUACAGGGAAAUGCUACAGGCAGGUGAGGCAGAAGAUCCCGCAGGGACUGGAUGAAAAGUAAUCAGUCAUUACUGAGCCACACUGGAGUCCAGUGGGUUCAGCAGGGGAUGGAUCAAGGGUUGCCAUACUUUAUUCAGUCAUAAAGCACCUGGUUUACUCAGGAGGUAACUAGCCAUCAACAAGUACUGCUGAAAUUACACAAGGGUAGAAAAAGAUCACCAGCCAUUGUAAGAACUUUCAUGUGAUAACAGGCAGAGUCGGCUGAGAAUUUCAACAAGAGCAGCAUGUGUGUGUCUGCUCCCAUCUUCCUUUGUAAAGUGUGUCCUGUGCAGUAUGUCGUGUGAGUAUUAAAAGCCAAACUGAAUCUGCAAUAUGGCGCAGACUCUUCUCCAUCCUGUCGUCAAUACCCGUCGUUAUUUUAGGAUCACAUGUAAGUGCUUCUUUCCUUGUGAAGGGUGUGUUAUUAAUAAAACACUUUAGCAGAGCUAUAUAAGCAGUUUUCAUGUACUGUACUGGAGAAGAUCUCUCAAAUACUUAUUCUACAUUUAAUUUGUUUAUCUUUUUCUUAUUACCAUGGUGCUAUUGGAACCACUGAUUUAGUUUUUUUUUUGUUUGUUUUUUUAGAAAAAUAAUAAAAGCAAAACGGUUGGUCUAAAAAUUA